AUGAUUUGGACUUGGCAUUACGCUAUAGGCCUCCGUCUGGACGACCUCUUGCCAGCCGACGCGACCGUGUAUGGCUCUCCCAGCAUUCGAUUUGCCCAUCGCUUUCAACCGUUCGGGCGGCUGCAGUACCCCGCGCCGCUCUCGUACGACGAUUUCGUCACAAACUGCGACUUUAGCCAGUACAAGGUGCAAGUGGUGUACCAGUCGGCGGACGAGUGCUUCAAGCUGGCGCGGACGCGGGUGGACCAAGUGCUGGCGAUGGCGACGCCAAACAGGGAGCAUGUCGUGCCCGAGCUCAAAGCCCUCGUCAAAGUGUGUGUCACGAACGCCGUGUACCUGCAUCAGUACACCAAGCAGCGCCACGACAACUUGCAGACGACGAACGUGGUAUUGGGUGGCGUGGACGCCUUGUCGAUCCAGGACAAGAAGACUGCGACGGUGAUCAUCAAGUAUGACGUGCACCCGACGUACCCGACGAUUCAAGUGAAGGACCCCGUGUCUGCAUAG